AGUUUAAAGAGCUCUCGUCAGCAUCAGUACGUCUCUGGUACUGGCUGCUUCCUGUUUGCUGUACACAGGUAAGGGCUAAACUAGGAUUCACUGGGUUGUUAAAUCUAGCUUGCAGCAAACAAGUUAUUGCAUUAUUAGCGUCAGUGAAAGCAGCUCAGUGCACAGUGUUGCUCAUAAAUAAACAAUAAUUACAAUCUUAAGGCUUAAAAAGCCUCCUAGUGGCGCGAUCAUAAAAUAUCAUAAAAUGCACCACGUUCUCGGUCAGCUCUGACAGAUUAACGACCUACUGUGGCUAGAAUCCCACUCAAAUGUCAGGACGUUACAGACAACAUCCAAAUCACCUGCAGUGAAAGUCAGGUUUUAGCCAACAGUCGCCGCGACUUUCCUUCAUUUCAACUCUAAUACUUCUCCAGCCGGACUCGCCGCCGUGUGACUCACGGCUCGAUUUGCACUGCAGAGGACUCGCUUCCACUGGGAUAACAAGAAGUUUGGGGGGGGGGGGGUUGUUUCAAUAACCACACAGAGAAAAAUUACCUUUGGAAAUCUGCCGUGAUAAAACAGACUCCGGGUAACGCAAAGUUAAAGGAACUAGGCCAGACUACAAGCAGUACAAGCAUCUUAAAGGUCCCCCAUGAAGAACAGCUGAAUUCUGGGACAGGAUCUCACUUCUAACAUACUUGAGUCCUAGAAAAGUACCAGAAUGUCUAAUGGGGGGAUUUUAAUAGAUUUUAUAUGACGCUGAAGGUGAAGACUUAGCAGCUGUUCGCCUGGCGUUCGCCUCCAUAUGCUGCAGGCUGCCUCCACCUGCUGGUCGAACGCUGCUGCUGUGGCGACAGCGGCCGCCUUAAAUCAAACCGUCCCCACGCGCCCUGGUUCCUCAGCAGACGCAUCAGAUUUCCUGUCGGGACGAUGUUCAGCGACGUGGAAACGCUGUCCAACAUGCAGCUCCUCGCUGUGACUGUGAGUUUUGCAUGAAUGACUGAUUUAGUCAUGAUAUGGUCAUUUUUGCUUCUUCUGUUUUUCUUUUUUUUACUUACACGUGAACAGGCUUCCUUUUCUCAGAAUUUGACUAGCCAUCUGCAGAGCAGCUAUUCUGGGUGUUCAGGUUUCUGAAGGAGGCGUGUGAUCCAGCCCUUUCACCGUCUUUGACCUCUUCUGACCCACAUUGUGAAGAUGCUCGACGUCUUCAUGUGAGGAAAUUAAUACCCGUUCAUUCGGCUUUCACUCACUUUCCAUAUUUCAGCAGAAUCAUUAGCUUUGGCCUAAUUGUUCCAUACGAAACCAAGAAACAUUUCAUGCAGACAAACACUAAACAUUCCACGUAGUUCGUCAUCAUCUGAUUUACUUUUUGGCGUUGAGUGUGACUCAACAUGGAGCCAAGUCUUCCUCAAAGGUACCUUCCCUCUUCCCCUUUUUGCCAUUCAUAAUGUACAUCUAGAACCUAAUAACAUCUAGUGGCUGUAAUGAUGCCUUGGACCAGACCUGGUUCUGAUGCCUUGGUUACACCAAUGUCUUUGUUCCAUUAUACCAAGACUAACGCUAGCAGGUUUUCCUUGUUAACCAUGCGAUCGUGCCACUUUAUUAGGCCUUCAACCGCCCGGCUAUGUGCUAUCAUACGAUGCAAUAGGUGUGACCCCUGUUGUUGAUAGCUCAGCUCAUCUCUUGCUUUCUAAAUGCGUGUUCAGCGCCACAGAUGCACCUGUUGUUCUCAGCUAAAUCAGCGGGUAGUAAAACAGAACUAACACCUUUUAAUGACUUUUCACCGCAUCAUUUCCGGCGGCUUCCAGCAGCUGCAGCCAGCGUGAAAGGCGCUGAGUAGGACAAGACUUUAGGGAAACCGCUGGACGGAGUAACAAAGCGAGGUGAGCCUCGAGUCGCCUUCAGAUCCCUUCUAGUCUGCUCACUCUGAAUGUGGACAUCCAGAGCAACGCGGCCCAACUCCUUGUGUGCGAUUCCUCGCUGAGCGCAAGGUGCGAUUCCAACCGGUUUCGCACUGAUGUGAAGGAAGUGAACUUAGUCACAUCUUCUGAAUUUACUACGGCCUGCACUGAUAACCAGCAGCGGUGAGUCACUAAGGUGAGUCAGGUUCAACUUACUGAAGAUCACACCAAAGAGUCAUCAUUUUUGUCACUGUGUUUCAGAAUGAGGCAUUAGCUUCUAAAUAUUUGUUUUAUAAUUUAUCCCUUUAGACAUUUUCCUUCCUUAUUUCUUAGAGAAACAGUAGAAUAUAUUGAAGUCCAUCUUAAUGAAUGAUCAUUUUUUGUGAGAGUUGAUAAGAGAAGCUAACGGUUUACAUAAAAUAAAUAAAGCAGCUUCAAUAACAUUUGCAGUUUCUACAGUUGGUUUGUCCUUUUAGGGGUCACGUGAAUGCCGGAGUCCAUUGCAGCUGUCAAUCAGGCAAGAGGCGGGGUUCUGGACAGGUCACCAGUCAAUCAUAGAAAUAAGGGCGCCUCUUUUCAAUAUGUAGGGAUGGUAUUAGCCAGAUGAAGAGCAGGGCCACGAUAUGCUUCGAGCUAAGUUCAAGUGAUCAGUUCGUCUGUGCCAACUAUCACUGAGUCUGCUAGAGGUGCAGACCUCUGGACUUUGCACCCGGGGUUUGGUCUUGAACCGAUGAUACAGCAGGAAAAGUGUAAACUAUGUCAACCUAUGUCAAUUCACACGGGUGAAUUUCUGUCAAGUCCUAUGGAAAAUAGCAGUCAGGACUUUCCUGAGGAGAACAGGAUCAUGAGCUGCUUCAGUCUUUGUUUCAGACCCACUAAUAAUAACAACAGGAACCAUAGCUUUUUGAAAACCUAAGUGGAAAAUGUGAACUAAAGGUGAGUGAGUCUAAACGUCACCACUUCAUUCUCUGUUUCUGCUCUGUUGAAGCUGUAAAGGCCCAAUUUUAAUGUGUAUGGAAGUGUCUUACUAUUAGUUGGUUUGUGCUGAUUGUCCUGUGAUUUAGUACUGUAUGUGCUACAGUAUGUGGGGGGAUGCUCCUCACACACACACACACACACACACACACACACACACACACACACACACACACACACACAGCGGGGAAGUCCCACAACAGACAGUGAGGUCAUACUCAAAUGAGCUCCCAUGUUGAAAUACAGGCUUGGCUCAUUCGCGUCUGCAGACCGAGGAUCCUCCCGCCGCUGCUUCAUCUCGCCAGGUCACCGGGGCUGAUGGGUAAAAAGUGUUGCGAGGGCAAACACUGGGACGGUCUGCUCAAGAAAUGCGUGGAGUGCCGUCUGACCUGCCAGGAAACGCACAUGAACAGCAGAUGCAUCAGCUACUGCAAGUCGCUUCAAUGCAAGGCCACGCCGGGACACUACUACGACCUGCUGCUGAAGAAAUGCAUGAGGUGCUCUGACAUCUGCGGCAGACAUCCGGCCGAGUGCUCCCAGCACUGCCAGACGUCCACGGCCCCCGUGACCGGCGGCGCGUUGACGGCCGAGGUAACGGGCGUGAAGGCUUCCAGAGACCUGUCCGUGACGACGGGACUAGAACCCCCCGGUAUCUGGAUGUAUCCGCUGCUGGCCCUGUGCGUUGUGCUGGUGGUUGCCAGCUUGUCCGCAGCCCUGGCGGUGUUCCCGAGAAGAGCCAGGAAGGGGGCCUCGAACCCAGGAGCCAAGAAGGCCAGCGCCAAGCAGGAGGCCGGCCCCCCGCGGGCCCAGAAAGAUGUUGUAACGAAUCCAAGCCGCCCGGCCGAGCCCUCCGAAGAGCCCAACCCGACGGAGACCUGCGUGUGCGUGCACUGCUUCCCGGACCUGAAGGCCCUGGGCCAGAGCAGCGACGGGCCGCUGAGGGCCCCCUUCACGUUCUACCAACAAGCCGUCCACAAGGGCCCGACCCCAAAGGGAGCCUCCCUCUGGAGCGAGGACAGCCUGUACACCUCGGGGAUAGAGGUCCACGAGGAGGCGGCAGUGGGAUGAGUCCGCCCGCUAACCGUCAAUCGGACCGUCGGAAAGGAAAACUGAAACGGAUGAAUGUGUCCCAGGCAAAAAUCUAACGUUUGAUAGGAAAUAAAUAAUACUAACAAAGCUACACUGUUUAGUUAAUAACCAUCACAUCACAACAUCUGUUUGAGAUCAGGUUAUUUUCUUAGUUGUAUAUUGUUUCAGAAAUUAGGUCCAUUGGCUUUAUCAUUGUUUUCUUCCCUGUAGUUACUGUAUUUGCUUUUUAAUGAGCUCAACGUCACAGACAGCACUAGACGAUAAAAUGAAGACCGAACUAUCAGCUUGGCCAUUCAACGUCCCACAUCUACACUGGAACACUGGAAAAGCUGCAACAUUUAACAGGCUGAUGCCUAAAAAAGCCAAAGAGAGAAGUAGAAUCUCUGUAAAAAUCUAAAUGAACUUCUGCUACGACAGUUCUCUGGUACGUUGACAGUGAAAGUAGACUUCAAUGAGAACCGGGUGCUGAUCAGUCACGACAUUCAAAAGCAAAAAGUCGGACGAACGCGUAUAAAUACCGCUUAUACUUGUAUACGUCAAUAAAAGAGCAACCCACAGAA